AUGAAUGUAACAUUCAGCAACCGUGGCCAGAACAACCUGACCUACAGUGCUCAGAUCGUGUGUGAGGAGGGCUUCAUGUUCAAGCAAGAGGAGUACACGAUGAGCAUGCCACUGCUUGCUGUUUGUAAUGAAGGUGGAAUCUGGGAUUGGGGGUCACCAAAUUUCACUCGUACGCCAACUUGCCAAAUUGUCUUUUGUGGAUUUCCGCCACAAAUACCUAAUGGCUUUGUCAAGGAUAUUGGAGGAAAUGUAACAUACAAAACGGUAGCCACUUAUCAGUGUUUUGAUGGAUUUGAAAUGAAGGGGUUACCAAAUGUGACGUGUGAAGCUAGAGGCAACUGGUCACAGGUUCCAUCUUGUGAAGCUGAAAAGUGCACAGCAGUGCCCACAAUUGCAAAUGCAACCUACAACUUUACAUUUGGUGAUGGAAGUAACUUGAGUUAUGGCACUGUUGUCAAGUACACCUGUGAUACAGGCUUUGAACUGGUGGGAUCACAACAGAUUGUAUGUCUGUCAAACAAGACCUGGUCUCAUGAGGCGCCAUCUUGCAAAAAAUUGACAUGUCCCCUGCCAAAAAUACAACAUGGCCAGUACCGCUCAACAUCUGCAGUUCUGCCAAGUUUUGGGGAGACAGUUGGUCUGUUUUGUGACUCUGGGUAUCAGAUCAACAGAACAGGAACACCAGAUGACACUUCUCUUAUGUGCGGUUCUAAUAGAACACUCAGUCCUGAGAAUGAUGUCUGUGUUGAUAUUGACGAAUGCAGUAGCACAAACUUGAACAAUUGCUCAGCAACUCAAGAAUGCAUCAAUAAGGAAGGAUCUUUCACAUGUAUCUGCAAGAGCGGUUAUAAUGGAACAGAUUGCACUGACGUGGAUGAAUGUGUCCUGGGCAUGUGCAAUCAGAGCUGUACAAACCUUCCAGGUUCCUACUCCUGCUCCUGCUAUCAAGGCUACGUACUCUAUACUGAAAAUGGUACCAAUGGUUUCUAUAUACCAGCUGGUGAAGAUGGGCUGAAACCUGGCGAUGUCUUCCAGAUUAACAACACGUGUGUCCCUGUCUUGUGUAUCAUGGGACCUGAGCCACCUGUAAAUGGAAAAACUUUAAUGGUCAAGCAAACCUAUUAUUUUAAUGAAACUGUUAAUGUUGUCUGCAACUUUGGCUACAUGUUGGAGGGUUCAUCCUUUGCCACAUGCCAGAGUGAUGGUAACUGGACAUACAGUGCUAAUCCUGCAUGCACAAAAAUGACCUGCCCACAACCCAACACCACUGAGCAUGAAACAUCCAGGACCCCAGUAACAGGGGACAUAGAGCCAGGAGCUGCUCUCACAAUCACCUGUCAACUGAAUGAUGGAAGUGGGAAAUUCAUCAACAAAAGCAUGUUCUGUGCCCCAAGUCCCAGUGGGGAUGGAAUGUUUAUGCUUCAAGGAGAUGAUCCAACAUGUCCAGAGGUCAACUGUGGAAAACCACUAGACAUCCCCGGUGGGAAUCCUGCUAAUAUUGAUAACACAACCUAUGGCAGGUCAUUUGAGUUUUCUUGUGAUGGCAGUAGAGGAUUUACCGUGAAAGGAGCAUCAACCCUAGGCAACACUACUGUUGUUUGUCAGAGUAAUGGUCGCUGGGGUUAUGCCAAUCUGACAUGUGAAGGUUCCAGAUGUCAGGACCCUGGGACAUUGGCUGGAACAGCUCAGAUUGUGAAAACAAGCUAUGAAAUAGAUCAAAUAGUUCAGUACAACUGUACAAAGCCAGGUUUUACCACUGUUACAAAUGACACUCUGGUGUGUGAAUACAAGAAUGGUAAAGCACAGUGGAGUGCUGAUCCCCCUUCUUGUGAAGAUAAGGUACCUCCAAUGAUCACAUGCCCUAUAGUGCAGCCAUUGGAUCUGUACAGCACAUUAGUGUACCCACCUCCCGUUGUAAUGGACAACUCAAACACCACCUGUUUUCUGACCGAGUCUGGACCUCCAUCUGGAGACUCAUUGGUGUCGGGUAAUGUGACAGUCACAUACAAGGCUACUGACACUCGGAACGAAGCUGUGUGUGAAUUCAAUGUCACUGUAAAAGAUCGAACAGAACCAGCAAUUCAGUGUCCUUCUGUAAUUCAAAGAGAUCUGGCUGGCAGCAAAAAUGAGUUUUUCAACUUAACUGAAGGCCUGCUGGUGUCCCACUCUCAGGACGGCAUGAUAAUGUUUAACCCCAUGGGUCCUUUGAAUCUAACAAUGGAAAGUGUGAUUCCUGUCCGGGCAAAAAUUACUAAACUGAAUGGUCUUUCCAAGGAAUGUGCUUUCUUAGUCAAUGCAAAGUCUUCGGUCUGCAUGAAUGAUUCGCUGGUCCCUCCUGAAAAUGGAAGAAUCGAAGAGUGUACUGGCGAUGGCAGCAGCCUGACUUGUAAAGAUGUCUGUGACAAGGGAUACCUAUUUCAAACUACCUCCAAUUCAACCAGCUACACCUGCAGUAAUGGAAUAUGGGAGACUAAAUUUCCAGUACUUCCAUGCAUCAAGUUGUCAGGCCCAACAUUUGACUUUGAUGUGACGUUACAGUACAUAUUCAAUGGCAGUAAAAUAACACAAUCAACACAAUCAACCAACUAUGACCCUGCAAUUUGCUUAGCUCAGCAUUCCAUUUCAUUGUCUCAGAUUUUGGCAAGCAAGAGUGCCUGUGGUUAUAGCAACUUCACAGCUGUAAAUGUUAGGAGAGUCCGUGAAAUUAGUUCAGACUCGGAUGAGCUGUUUUUUACACUUCAAGUGUUGACAACUCAAGCAAAUUCAGACAACAGUCUAGCAAACUGUGCAGUGACCUUAAAGGAUCAGUCUGCAAACUUAUUUGGUCCCACUAACCCUGCCACGGGCAACAGAACUUGUUUGUCACCGUGGAAUGUUGAUUCAAAUAGUGUGAUCAUCGUGACAAAGAAUAUGUCUUGUAGCAGUAACUCAACAAUGGUAAACUACGAUGGAAAAAAUUAUUGUUUACCUUGUGGCCCGGGAAUGUUUUUUAAUGGGAAGAACUGUGAAGGAUGCCAAGAUGGGUAUUACCAAGAGGAAACAGGCCAGGCAGCCUGUAAACAGUGCCCUGAUGGAGUUCUCACAUCUCACAAACCACGCACAAGGAAGAGUCAUUGCUAUGAACUCUGCCCUGGAGGAUUCAUCAGUACAACUGGCUACAUAGAAGACAACUGUACUGCAUGUCCUGAGAACCAGUUCAGCAUAUCAUCAAACUCUUGCCAACCAUGUCCAAAUAAUGGGUCUACAUUAGGAAAAUCAGGAGCAACAUCAGUGACUCAGUGUUCAGAACCAUGCCCAUCUGGCGAGUACUCAAUCACCGGCUACAAACCUUGCUAUCUUUGCCCUCAACAUUUUUUUAAUGACAUGUCAGCAGCAAGGAUGUGCAUGGAAUGUCCGACUGACACAUACACAGCAAUGAAUGGAUCCAAGUCCAGCUCAGACUGCCUAGAUGGAACCAACUUCUGCAACACUGUUGGUGCAAUGAAUAAUUCAUGUACAAUUCGUUAUCACAAGCCCAUGUGUGACUGUAAGCCAGGUUACUAUGGGAACACCUGCACAAAUAGCUGUGAUAUCUGCAAUUCUAAUCCAUGCUACAAUGAUGGCUUAUGUAAUGCAUCUGGGCUUAACUUUACAUGCAGUUGUAAAAUUGUAUUUGAAGGAGAACUGUGUGAAAAAGAUCUGAUAAACGAUUGCACUGAUAGCGUUUGUACCAGCAUAGACUUUUGCAUGGAUCUUGUUGGAGGCACUAAGUGCCAGUGUCCUCAAGAUGGAAAUUAUGACGGCAGAUGUGCAAAGCCAGACAAUCUGUGCCAGGGAAACAACUGCAGCCUUCACGGGACAUGUACCUCCUACGGCUCUGUACGUGCACUCUGUAUGUGUGACCCAGGGUACACAGGAGAUAGAUGUGAGACUAAUAUAAAUGAAUGUGCUUUAAAUGCAAAUGGCUGUUUGUACAAUGGCACUUGCCAGGAUGGAAGUGACACUUACAGCUGCUCCUGUGUAAAUGGCUUUUCUGGCAGUCACUGUGAAGUUCUGGCAGAUUUUUGUUUCCGCAACGACUGCAAAGUGGCAGAUGGAGGGAUCUGUACAAACGAUUAUCGUAAUUACACUGCCAGCUGUACAUGUGGACAGCAGUACAUGCCAGAUCCUCAGAAAUCUGCUGCAUGUGUUCCCAUACAGUACUGCAUGAGCAAUCCAUGUGUAAAUGGAACCUGCCAGGAUGUAUUCGGUGGGUUCAUAUGUAACUGCGAUGCUGGAUUUGAGGGUUCUCGCUGUCAACAUAACACUGAUAACUGUAUCAACAAUCCGUGCAAGAAUGGAGCCACUUGCAUUGACGGAGUGAACAGCUACAGUUGCCAGUGUCCCUCUGGUUUCAGAGGUGACUACUGUGAAGAAAAUAUAAAUGAUUGUACUGGGCAGUGUGUGCAGCAGAACUUAGAAUCUCCAUGCCAGGAUUUGAUUGACGACUAUCAGUGUAGUUGUAACUCUUCAUACACAGGAAAGAAUUGUUCUGAAAAUGUUGAUGAGUGUCUUGUUCGUGAGCCAUGUCGUCAUGGAGGCAACUGUUCCGACUCCCCAGGAGAUUACAGCUGUGCCUGCCCUGCUGGAUAUACAGGGAGAAACUGUGAUCAAGAAAUAAAUUACUGCAGUCCAAAUCCAUGCAAAAACAUGGGCACUUGCUACAAUCUUAUAGAUCGCUACUACUGCCA